GUUGGGGCGCCGCUGACCCGGAUGUGCAACUGCUAGGCAACGGCGGAAGUGGCUCGCGCGCUCCCACACCGAGGGGGGAGGGGGAAGAAACGGAGGAGGGCGGAGGCAGUGGAGGAGGGCCGCGGCCUGGCUCAGCGCUCGGAGACGCACGCAGGGGCACGCAGGGCACGCACGCACCCAGGCACGGAGAGCCGCCGCCGCCGCCGCCGCCGCUGCUCCUCCUCCUCCUGCUGCUGCUGCUGCUGCUGAGAGCCCCGGCCCGCGGAGACACCAUGAGUGACCAGCAGCUGGAUUGUGCCUUGGACUUGAUGAGGCGCCUGCCUCCUCAACAGAUUGAGAAAAACCUCAGUGACCUGAUCGAUUUGGUCCCAAGUCUCUGCGAAGAUCUCCUGUCCUCCGUCGACCAGCCUUUGAAGAUUGCUCGCGACAAAGUGGUGGGGAAGGACUACCUUCUGUGCGACUACAAUAGAGAUGGAGACUCAUACAGAUCACCAUGGAGCAACAAAUACGACCCUCCCCUAGAAGAUGGUGCCAUGCCGUCCGCUCGCCUGCGUAAACUGGAAGUGGAAGCGAACAAUGCCUUUGACCAGUACAGAGACUUGUAUUUCGAAGGGGGCGUUUCCUCCGUCUACCUCUGGGAUUUGGAUCACGGAUUUGCCGGCGUGAUUCUAAUUAAGAAAGCUGGCGACGGAUCAAAGAAGAUUAAAGGGUGCUGGGAUUCCAUCCACGUGGUGGAAGUUCAGGAAAAAUCCAGCGGUCGCACCGCCCAUUACAAGCUGACGUCUACAGUGAUGUUGUGGCUGCAGACGAACAAGACCGGUUCCGGCACAAUGAACCUUGGAGGCAGCCUCACCAGACAGAUGGAAAAAGACGAGACUGUGAGCGAUUCUUCUCCGCACAUAGCCAACAUUGGCCGCUUGGUAGAGGACAUGGAGAAUAAAAUCAGGAGUACGCUGAAUGAGAUUUAUUUUGGGAAAACAAAGGACAUUGUCAACGGGCUGAGGUCUGUGCAGACGUUCGCGGACAAAUCAAAGCAAGAAGCUCUGAAGAACGACUUGGUGGAGGCUUUGAAGAGAAAGCAGCAAAGUUAAAACGAAACACACACACACACACACACACACAAAAGCAAAUACUCCAUUGAGGAUGCUAACGAGACAUGACAUGCACUCAUUAGAUUCCUUUUCUUAGAAAACAUCUUUUUUCCCCCCUUUCUUCUUCCUUUCUCUCCCUGGCACCCUUCCACCCGCCUGCCACCGGUUUUUAUUCUCCGUCACCUUCCUACGUACGAUACCCUUCCACUCACGAGCUCUGCCUCACCUUCACGCCCCCGCCCUCCGACGAAUAAAGCUGUAUAAACUUUUUUCCCGUGUCUUGCGGCUUAAUUUGCAUCACCUUUUUAUCAAAACCUCGCAAAGCAUUUCUGUAGAGAAAUCUGUGGAGGUGGGUUUGGGGGUCUUUCCCCCACCCCACCCCACACACACUUUUCCCCCUUCCUUUUCUCCUGCCCCCAACAUUUAUAGGCAUAAGACCACCAGUCAUUCUUUUUGUCUCCCGGAUCUCUUUCCAUCUUUUGUUACAUUGGUGUAAAAAAUGUAAAACAAAACAAAAAAAACCUUUAUUAAAUACUGUGGUGUGUGAAAGAGGAAGAAAA